AUGUUGUAUCUGCUGGACAAUGGUGCAGGGAAUAUCCAGAGUUUGGCCAACAGCUUGACGAGGCUCGGCCACGAAUUUGAGUGGGUGCGUGACCCGUCGGACAUGGCCAAGGCAGACAAGCUGCUUUUCCCGGGCGUCGGCGCGUUUGGCACCGCGAUGGAGGCGCUGUCAAAGAAAGGCUACCUGGAGCCGCUGCGCGCCUACAUUAAGAGCGGCAAGCCGUACAUGGGCAUCUGCGUGGGUAUGCAAGCCCUCUUUGAAGGCUCUGACGAGAGCCCGGCGGUGCCGGGCCUCGGUGCGCUUCCUGGGCGUGUCGGCCGUUUUUCGGCGACGGACGCGAGCGGCAAGGUGCGCAAGGCUGUGCCACACAUCGGCUGGAGCAAGGCGACGGUCCCUGCGUACGACGGCGACGUCCAAGGCCUCGGUGAGGCGUACGGCCUCGACGGCGACGAGUACUACUACUUUGUGCAUUCCUACCGCGUCGCCUUCACCCCGGAGCUCGCGAAUGUCACGCUGACCACGACGCAGUACGGCGACGAGACGUACGUGUCCUCGGUGCAAUACAACAAUAUCUUUGCCACGCAGUUCCACCCCGAAAAGAGCGGCGCAGCCGGCCUGCGGGUGCUCGCCGCAUGGCUCGCGCGCAACAACGAGCCGCUGUCGGUGCCGCGCACGCUGAGCGCGCCUGCAAGCGCGCCGUACACGAUGCCGACGCGCCGCAUUGUCGCGUGCCUCGACGUGCGCUCGAACGACCAGGGGGAUUUGGUGGUCACCAAAGGCGAGAGCUACGAUGUGCGCGAGCGUACCGGCGCGUCGGACGUGCGGAAUAUGGGCAAGCCCGUCGAGCUCGCGCAGCGGUACUAUGACGAAGGCGCGGACGAGGUCACGUUCCUGAACAUCACCUCCUUCCGCAACUGGGCUCUGACCGACCAGCCGAUGCUCACGCUGCUCCAGCGUGCCGCCGAGACGAUCUUUGUGCCGCUGACGAUCGGCGGCGGAAUCCGCGACUACACGGACCCUGACGGGAGCGUGCACCCCGCGCUGGACGUUGCGCACGCCUACUUCCGCGCGGGUGCGGACAAGGUGAGCAUUGGCAGCGAGGCGGUGUUUGCCGUGGAGCGCCUCAUGGAGCGCAGCACGGCGCUCGGCGGCUCGGCGGACCCCGGCCAAGCACCCGACGCGGCGCUCAAGCAAGACACGGGUAUUGAGCAGAUUUCGCACAUGUACGGCUCGCAGGCGGUGGUGGUGUCCAUCGACCCGAGGCGUGUCUACGUGGAUGGCGGCGCGGUGCCGCCCGCGCACGUUGCGUCGCUCGUGAGCGGUCCCGACGAGCGCGAGGGACACAGCGGCACGGCGCAGUGGUGGUAUGCGUGCACGGUCAAAGGCGGCCGCGAGACGCGCGAUGUCGAUGUCGUGCAGCUCGCACGCGGCGUCGAGCGCCUCGGUGCAGGUGAGCUGUUGAUCAACAGCAUCGACCGCGACGGAAGCAAUGCGGGCUUCGAUACGCAGCUGGUCGAUCUCGUGCGCGCCUCGGUUGCGAUCUCGGUGAUUGCGAGCAGCGGCGCGGGCAAGCCGAGCCACUUUUCCGAGGUUUUCUCGCCGCGUGAAGCGGCGGGCGGCGCGGUGAUUGAGGCGGCGCUGGCCGCGGGUAUCUUCCACCGGUGA